UCCAGAAAAUUCCCAGUACGGUCCAGUCUCUCAACAGCCUGAAUGAUCAGAUCGCUCAGUUUAUGGUGACCAGACCAUGUAAUCUGCCUGAUGAAGAUGAGACUUUCAUGCCAGGCGAGAGAGACACCUUGAGGAAGUCCAUGACGCUGAUGAGACACCUGCUCAUGGAUGCUCAGGGGAAAAUCCUUAAAAUGAUGGAAGACAACAAACAGCUGGCACAGAGGAUUGAUGGGGCCAUCCAGUCUGCCAGUCAGGAAGUAACCAACCUUCGCUCCGAGCUCUCUGCCACCAGCCGCAGACUGGCAGAGCUGGGCGCCAGCAGCCCCCCUGCCUUGGAGAACCACCACCAGCACAACCACCAUGAUGACAGCCUCCACUACCGGGAUCCAUCGGUGCAUCACAGACAGAAGACAGUAGUGACAGACAUGUGCUACCCAACGGAGAUAUCCAGCUUGAUGGACUUUGGCACUCCAGACUGCUCGCUAGGCAAAGUAUUGUUGCGUGAGGAAGUGGCCCAGCUUCAAGAAGAGGUCCACCUGCUGAGGCAAAUGAAGGACAUGUUAAGUAAGGACCUGGAAGAAACCCAGGGAGGCUGCACAGCCAAUCUACUCUCCGCCACGGAGCUCCGUGUUCAGCUGGGAGACAAGGAGCAGGAGCUGGACCGUGCCAAGGAGGCCUUACAAGCUAUGAAAACUGACCGUAAGCGUUUAAAAGCGGAAAAGGGAGACUUGGUGAGCCAGAUGCAGCAGCUGUACACAACACUGGAGAGCAGAGAAGACCAGCUGCGAGAAUUCAUACGCAACUACGACCAACACCGAAAGGAGAGUGAGGAUGCAGUGAAGGCCCUGGCUAAAGAGAAGGAUAUGCUUGAGAGGGAGAAGUGGGACCUGAGGAGGCAGACCAAAGAAGCCACAGAGCAGGCCAACAUUCUUCGUACUCAGAUGGAUAUGAAGGAGAACAGGGUCAAAGAACUGGAGGCUGAGCUAACCAUGGCCAAGCAGUCUCUGGCCACCCUGACAAAAGAUGUACCGAAGCGCCACUCAUUGGCCAUGCCUACAGAGCCUGUGGUGAAUGGCAGUCAGGAGUGGGUGAUGCAGGCCGAUCUGCCACUGACGGCUGCCAUCCGACAGAGUCAACAGACCCUCUAUCACGGACACACAACUGACAGACAGGCUGUGGUCAGGAUCAGCCCCUGCCACUCUCGCCAGCCCUCCGUCAUCUCUGAUGCUUCUAUGGCCGAUGGGGACCGCUCAUCCACGCCAAGUGACAUCAACUCACCUCGUCAUCGGACCCACUCCCUCUGCAAUUCCAUGGAGGACCUGGAGGACCAGAAGCGUAAGAAGAAGAAGGAGAAGAUGACUCUGGGAUCUCUGUCACGGGUGUUCGCUCGGGGCAAGCAGCGCAAAUCACUGGACCCCGGCCUGUUUGAUGGUACAGCCACACCUGAUUAUUAUAUAGAGGAGGAUGCCGAUUGGUGAUACUGAGUGUGUGUGUGUGUGUGUGUGUGUGUGUGUGUGCUUGUUUUGAAGUAUGAAUAUGUGUGGAUAUCCACCUAGCUUUAACUAUGUGUACAGAGCGUUUUGUGCGUGGGGUUGAUUGGGGGGGGGGGGGGGGGGGGGGUGUAAAUUUUAAAAGAAAAGCCUAAAAGAGACUGCUAUCAUAAAUGUACAGUAUAUUACCCUCAAAUUGUAUGUUUGUAAAUUAGAUAUAUAUUUAUAGAUGUACAUGUAUGCAUCUGUAUAUAUGUUUACAUGCAUAUAAAUAUAUACAUGGGGUUAUUAUAAUGUGUAGACAUGUUUAUGCUGUAUUAUCUUCGAAAUGUCUCAAUGUUUUAUGUUUGUUUUUGUUUUUUUUAUAACUGGAGACUUGAAGGACUGCUGUUCAUAUGUAAAUAGGAGUUAUUGUGAAAUUAGUGUUUUUACUGUCAAUGUCAUUUGGCUUUUGUUACGUUACAGUUGCUUUUAUCAUGCUUUUCAUUGAUUUCUAAGUUUCUUCUUAUUCCCAAACUUAACUGGCCUAUUUCCUAUUAUGACAGAGGAGGCAUUGCCUGAUUGGCUUGGAAAGAAAUGGAUAUUUCACAGUUUAAUUCACCAAAUUUGAUUGUUUUAAACAUGCACACUUUAUAUUUAGACCUGACUGUGGUACAGUUAGACUUUGAGGUUUCUUUCAUUUGCAACAUAUCACAAUGUGGACGGCAAGGAUCAAUUUUAUGAUGGAAAUAAUUGCCAACAAGUGUUUUAGAGUCAGUCUUUCUUAAAAAAAUGACUUACACUGACUUGAAUACACAAACAAAAAUAAACAGUAAUGCAUUUCCCAGCACACCUCUUGUCUGCUGUAAAACCAUGUGCAAGUGCCAAAGGUUAAACAUUCAUCUUUGAAAAUUCUGCGCAUCACUCUGUCAAUGUUAGCGCUAGCUUCGUAACAUUGUUUGUGUCUGACUCAUCUCUUACAGAGAGCUAUCUAACAUGUGCCAAUAUGAGACGAAGGAAUGUGCAUUAAACACCUGCAUGAUCCCUAUGUGUUGCUUUGGUUAGAUGUCCAUUCAUUGCCAAUUGAAUUAAUAAUCUCCACAAUCCUCUGUUGCUCCCGUGUUGCCCUGUCACUUUACCAAGUUAUUUUUCCUUGCAUUAUGAAUGCACGGUCCCCCUUUUUUCCUUUUGCUCUUUUUGUUUUGCAUUGUGUAGAAGCCCUCCUCACUUCUUGCAAAUGUGGCUCUAAUAGUUAUUUGUUAAAUGCUUUGUUAUUUAGGAGAUGUUGCGUAAAAGAUUAAAUCUAUUGAAGUAUUUUAUUUAAAAAACGACAAACCAGAGGUAACUUCAAAUAUUUAUCUGCUGCAGUUGUUGCAGCCAGAUGUCAAGGAGGUUUUAGCAUUUUCAAAAUGAAUAUAAUUGAAAUGAAAUCUUAUUUUAAAAAUAAAACUAGUAA